AUGGCAUUGCAAGUUGACUUGGUUCUUAAAAGCCAAUAUAUUAUUACCAUUCCCCUUGCUGGAAUUGGUUGGAUUGUUCUACUUGGUGGUGUUGGUGCUAUCACAUCCUUUUAUAACGACACGCUGAAUGCUCAUAAAUUCUUUAAUUAUGGCUUAUCCUCUUCGAGUUCACGAAUGAGUGGUGCUUUUGCUGCCCUUUGGUUAUAUGUGAUAUAUCAAAUUAUCGUCAUAAUUAGUCUUUUUAUGAUUGUUGCAAAAAAUGCUAUGAAACACUAUCGCUAUGCUGUUCUGUCGUCUAUAAUCAUCAGUUUUAUUUCUAAUUGCAAUUUCGCUUUUCUUGCUACUACUGCUAGUGGCAUUUUUAACCUUUCUCUUGUUCCUGAAAUGAAUUCUAGAAUUAAUGCUUUUAUAGCUGGGCUUAGUAUUCUUGCUAUUGCCAAUUUUAUUUGGAUAAUUAUUAUUGGAUCAGAAGAUGAUUCUACUUUGAUAAAAGCCAUUGAUGCAUAUUACGGAAAUACAAGAAAUAACAAAAAUGAUUCUACUAGUACUAGGUUUGCCCCUCAACCAACACAAAUACAUACCUCUGAUGUUAGAAAUGUCUAG